AUGACAAGCCCAUCUGCGAAAUCAGAUCUCCUCAAGCUUGGAAAGUCGUUACUAGAAAACGGCCCCGUUAAGACGCUUGCCACGCCCCGCCGAGUACGGAUCCUGUUCAACAACGUAUAUGUGGCCGACACGACGUCUGCGGUCUAUGUCUGGGAGCAUGAAUACUACCCGUACUAUUACCUACCAAUAGAGUCGUUUACAUCCAACCUGCGUAGUUUGCCUGGUAACGGGAAUCCUCAGUACUGGACAGCAGCACUCCAUGUUGGGAGCCGGACUACGGACCGGAUCCUCGUCUUCGGGGAUGCGCUAAGUCCAUCCUGUAAGCCACUGGAGAAAAUGGUGCGAGUCGAGUUCGCGGCUGCGGAUGUCUGGUUCGAGGAGGACGUCCCGAUUUACGUACACCCGAAAGACCCGUUCCGACGGGUCGACGUACUGCAUUCUUCACGGCCCCUGGAGAUCCGUGUCGACGGACAUCUGGUUGCGCAGACGAACUCUUCGUAUCAUCUCUACGAGACGGGACUGCCGUGCCGGUUCUACGUGCCGGCGACGGCGGCGGCGCGGGAUACGCUGAGGGAGAGCGAGACUACGACUGCGUGUCCGUAUAAAGGGGUGGCGAAUUAUUAUCAUGUAGACCUUGGGGGUGGCGAAGGGGGAGAACGGAGGUACGAUGAUCUGGUCUGGUAUUAUAAAACCCCGACGCUUGAGUGUGCGAGUAUUGCGGGGUGUUUGUGCUUCUAUCAUGAGAAGGAUGGGGUUGAGGUUAAGCUUGACGGAGAGGUGCUGCAGCGGCCGAAGACGCAUUGGUCGUGA